AUGAGAAAAGAUAAACACAUUUACCUUCACAUGUUCAGACUAAUAGCAAUGGUCUUCACAGCAGAACAGGUGGCAUGUGUGUGUGAGGUUCUACUGCAGAGGGGUUGCAUGGAUCGCCUUGCUAUGUUUCUCCGCACUCUCCCUUCUCCCUCCUCCCCCUCCUUCACUCCUUGCCCCUGGGAACUGGAAAGUGUGCUGAAGGCUAAAGCUGCAGUAGCCUUUCACCAAGGCCACUUCACUGACCUCUACACCCUGCUGGAGGGCUUCCCCUUCUCCACACGCAGCCAACCACUCCUGCAGCAGCUCUGGCUACGAGCCCACUAUACAGAGGCUGAAAGGCAGAGGGGACGACCCCUGGGAGCUGUGGGGAAGUAUCGGCUGAGGAGAAAGUUUCCUCUACCGCACACUAUCUGGGAUGGAGAGGAGACGAGCUAUUGUUUCAAGGAAAAAUCCCGGAGUGUGCUCCGAGAAUGGUACCACCAUAAACCGUAUCCCUCCACCCGGGAGAAGCGGGAGCUGGCAGCGGCCACCGGCCUAACGACCACACAGGUCAGCAACUGGUUCAAGAACCGGCGACAGAGGGACCGAGCGACGGACAUGGACGAAUCAAGGAAGGGUUUCCAAGUAUCUUGCCCUGGCCGAACCUCUGGAGAAAUUUGUCCUUCGUCUGAUGACACUUCACCUCCAGGCAGCCCACAUCCCAAACACUACUGCCCUCCACCUCCACCUCUGUAUCACAUGGAUCAAGGCCUCAUAUGAGUCCGUCCUUCACAGCUUCAAACAACAUAUUAAACA